UUAAUAAUGUAGUAAUAUAUUUAUUAUAGUGAACCAAAACUCAAACUGAAACUAAAGUUAAAACCAUUAAAAAAUUCUUAACUAAAUUUUUUUUCAAUUCGUUUAACUUGAUUGCAGAAAAUUAACUCAUAAAAUGCACAUAAUUACAAUUAAUUAUAAUUAUGAUUAUUUAUAUCAGCUGCCAGUUAAUAUUACAAUCAACUAAUCUGUUAAUAAAUGAUAACGUCAUGUCCCUUUAUGCUCUGAAUCAAUGUAACAAGAAAUGCUGAAUAAUAAAUGUAUCUAUUUUUGUAUAUUAUUGUUAAUUUUUGUAAUAGUUUUAACUCUUAACAUACAGUAACGCACAAUCUGACAGGGUUCUCUAAAUAUUUGACAUUUAAUGAAGUUUUGGAUCGAAUCAUGAGAUCUGUGUCUUGUAACUGUACAACAGUGAUUCCCCAUGAGAGAUCCCAGCAGCCAAUCAGAGACGAGCAUCUGUGGAGACCCCCCCACUCUCUCUCUCUCUCUCUGUCAGUCAGUCAGUAUUUUUUGUCCCAAGUCUCUCUAGACUCUCUGUCCUGGUUUAUCCGUCUCUGAUCUCCAGCUCUGACAUGUUCCUCGAUGUUCCCCGAGGUCUGAUCGCUGGUGUGUUGUUCUCUGAUCCUUCUGUCAGUGUGUGUGAUGUUUGUUGAAGGCUCCUGUCUCCGGAGUGUGUUCUGCAAACAUUCAGACGCCGUUUGUCCAAGGUUGGCCUCUGUUUGCCGUGAUGCUCCUCUGCUCUUCAGGAGAUGCGGGAGGUUCCACUGUAUUUGCUCAUGAAUAUGUGAUGAUGAUGAUGAUGAUUACAGUGUUGCGCUCGAGACGUGGAUCUCUCUGAACCUCUAAUAUAAGCUUGACCUGUAUGUAGACAUGUGUUUCUCUGGUAAUCAGUUUGAUCUGUAGUUAGAAUAAUGAGUGGAUCUGAAACUCUCUUUUUCUCUCUGAAAGCAGCGCUCGCUGUUCUUCUGCUCGUGGUCUCGCUCUGCUUUUAAAGGCAUGUUCUCACGGCGCUCCUGAAGUACGCGUGUCUGAAUCCCGGGAGGCAGUGUAAACCAGGCCGGAUCAGCAGGCCUCCAGUGGAUUUCUCCUCGAAUUAACUGCAAAUUAACUUUGAUAAGCGGGUGUUUUUAGCUGUGGCUCUGGAGCUGAUUUCACUGGAGGUCACGGCUCAGAUCUGAUGAUGAACCCACAGUGACCUGAGACUCUUCAGGACCGUCCCAUCAUUACUGAUGCGUGUGUGUGUGUGUGUGUGUGUGUGUGUGUGUGUGUGUGACUGCAGGCCAUAUUUAGUGCAGUGUUUCCCUCGGUGACUGUAAUGUCAGGGUUCAGCGUGUGUGUCCUUAUAUAGUGUUGUGCGGUGGAUAAAGUCACUCUGUGUGUGUGUGUGUGUGUGUGUGUGUGUGUGUGAGAGAGAGAUAUCUAAUGUCUGAAAUCAUGCAGACUGAUGCUCUCAAACACCUGGAUUUAUUCUCACCACAAACGUGAGGUUUCCAGCAGAGUAUCGAUUGUUCUGCUAGUUCUGAGUUGUUGUAAUAUCUGUUUAUUCAUGAAUUAUUCAUGCUUUAAUCCCGUCACUGCAUGCUGUUAUCAGACACACUGCUCAUGUGGAGUUGAAGGAAUGGUUCACCCAAAAAUCAUCAUUUAUUCAAGUCAUGAAGUCAUCAUUUAUUCACCAAACCCAGAAGUUUAACUGAUAAACUGUAAAUGUUCUCCUUGAACUCAAUCCGGAGAACCUACAGAAGACGUGGCUGCGGGAGUUUUGUCAGACGGUCCAGACGCACCGGCCGCUCUUCCUCGCUCUUCACUGUCAGGAGGUCGGAGGCAAGAACUGCAAGGCGUCGAUGACACACGUGGACAGCUUCAUCAAAGAGCUGCUGUCCAGUGAAGCCUUGAAGGACUUCAGCCGUGCUCGUGUCUACCUCGACAAGAACUACGAAUCCCAGGAGCAGUUCACAGCUCUGGGAUGUUGCUACUUCAUCCACGAAUCCUUGAAAAACAUCCAGCAGUUUGAUUUCAAAGCCAAGAAGUUCAGGAAGGUGGUCGGGAAGGAGGUGUGUUCGGACGCUCUUCCAAACGCAGCCUCGCUGGAGAAAGAGAAGUUUCCUCAGGACUACUUCCCUGAGUGUAAAUGGUCCAGAAAAGGCUUCAUCCGAACCCGAUGGGCGCUGGCUGACUGUGCCUUUGACCUGGUGAACAUCCACCUGUUCCACGACGCGUCUAACCUGGUGGCGUGGGAGAAGAGUCCGUCCGUGUACUCGGGGACGAGGCAGAAAGCGCUGAGCUUCGUGCUGGACAGGAUCACGGAUCAGCGCUUCGAGCGGCUGCCCUACUUCAUCUUCGGAGACUUCAACUUCAGGCUGGACUCCAAGCUGGUCAUCGAGAGACUGUGCUCGAUGGCCAGCAUGCAGACGGUCAGAUCCACUGACACCAAUGAAGUGGACAAACUCAUCUUCAGAGAGUCAGACAAUGACCACAAGGUUGUCCUCCAGCUGGAGAAGAAGUUAUUCAGCUACAUUAAUCAGGAAGUUUUCCGGGAAAACAAUGGAACGCAGCUCUUAGAGUUCGACAGAGAGCUGUCUGUGUUUAAGGAGCGUCUGCAGGAGCUGGACAUCUCCUUUCCUCCGAGUUAUCCGUACAGUGAAGACUCCAGUCAGGGAAAGCAGUACAUGAACACUCGAUGUCCAGCCUGGUGUGACCGCAUCCUCAUGUCCUCCUCGGCCAGGGACCUGCUCCUCAAGCCGGAGAACGAGGAGAAAUCAAUAACUUAUGACACCAUCGGACCCAGCGUGUGUAUGGGGGACCACAAGCCGGUCUUCUUGUUCUUUCGGUUGAACACAGCAGCAGCUAAACUUCACGCUAACAAACACACGUGUUGUGUCCUGCAGUGAUCUGCAGGAAAAUGGUGCCAAAGGGUGGAGAAGAUUUCAUGAAAAGCGUCCCUGUGAGAAGCUCCGACACGGGUGGAUGGACACACACACACACACACACACACACACACACAGAGGACCCUGUAAAGACUUUUCAGCAGGACUGACCAGUCACAUUUGUCCGGUGCAUGCAGUCAUGUCUAUAGAAACCACACACUGAGUUCAUGAAUGCUUCACGAGUCGAGACCAUGGACACACACACACACACACACACACACACACACACACACACACGCUGCAUCUCCACUAAAUCAGAUGUUCUUCUGACGUCUGUCAGCCUUGUUUCUCAGACUCUAUCAGAAACACUCCCUGUGGAUUUUAGAUGCGUCUCAUAUUCAGUGUGUAAGAUAUUUUAAAAGUGCAAUGAAAGCCAGUUGUUGUAUUUCUCUGCGGUUAGGUUUAUUUCUAGAAUAGAUUCUGUUCAAGCCUUUAGAUGAUUUCCUUUCUCUCUUGAUUUGUCGUGCUGCAGACAACCGCCGACUCUUUUAUAUACCGUACUUUUUAAAGAGAUGAUUUAUAAUGCGUACCAAAAUUAUUAUAAGCUGACAUAUUGAUACGAACGGCUGCUUCGGAUCGUUAUAAAGAAACGACUAAAUCUGCAUCAUCAUGAGAAGAACAUGCCAUGAUUUAUAUACAGUUAGCCAAUUCAUUUUUCGUUUUUUGUUUUUUUUAAGAAGUGCCAUAAAUCAUGCAAGUAUAUAAGAUAGUUUUUGCUCGGUUCUUACAGUGCUGUUCUUAUUCUAACUUAUUUCUAAUAAUGUUAUGGUUGAAUGUGAUGUUUUAUAGGCCUGGGUAUCUUAAAUAGCUGUAUCCUUUCCUCCUUUGUUCUUUCAUAUGAUUUCUUGUUAUUAUAUUAUUGUGUGCCAACUAUUGAGAUGCGAUGGCAUCGUGCAGAACCACUCAGAUCAAGGACAGGAGUCUACACUACACUCCACGAUCCGUUACUGAUUCUUCAUCUCUGAAUCUGUUGCUUGUUAAGUGUUUUCCAGCAGCUCAGAGAUAGGAGUCACUCUUGUGUUGAAGCAGAUCGCGAUUAGACCUCGUGGAUGACGAGACCUCCGAAAGCAAUAAACCCAUUAGAACUCACAGAACGAGUGAAAGAGUGAAGCAGUGCCUCUGUGUCAUCAGUCAAGCACAUCAGAUUCACUAAACAUGCUUUUGGUGGUCCCUGAAAAAAAAAAAAAAUCAACUAUAUUUAUGAUAUUGUGUGUUCAUUUGAUCAAGCUAUUUAUAAAAAUCAUUAUGUAACUGAAUAUAUCUUUUGUCAUUGCUGAAUAUAUUUGAAAUACACAUCAUUGACAGGAAA